AGUGGAGGGGGGAAAAGUUUGUAAGAGAAGGAGCACGGAUGCGCGGGUAAAUAGCGAGAUUGCGCAUGCGCGUUGUUUGUAGUCUAAGUUGCACGGUAGUGGACUUCUGGAGUCCCCGCGGGAAGUUUGGCCGCAGCCAGCAUGAGCACGUGCUCCGUUUCCAAGGGCUGUUUUGUGUUCAAGCCAGAUUCAAAAAAGAGGAAGAUAUCUUCAGCAGCUGAAUACUUUAGUAAAGGUAACAAUGAUGCUGAGGAUAGUGGGCUACGAUUUGAUACAUGCCAGUCCUUAUGGAAAGAGAUUAAAUGUGAAACAGAGCAAAUACAAGAGGAUCUCAAUAAAAAACUAUUUCAUAACCUUCUAGAUUUUUUGAGAAAAUCUCAUCUGGAUUUCAAACAGAAGAAAACAGAAUGGGCUUCUCGCAUGAAGUCUAAUGAAAUUCCUACUGCAGCAGUUGUUCUAGGUGUGAAUGUUACAGAUCAUGAUCUGACAUUUAAAAGACUCACUGAAGUUUUCCAGAAUGAUGUUACUCCUUUUGUAGUGUCACUGAAGUCGAAAGAAUGUCCAGGCAUUAAAAACCUAUUGCAGAAGCUGAUGAUUCAACUGAUGGGUUGCCCAGUAGAUAUGGACUCAUCUGAUGAAGAAGAAUCUUCCAAGAUUUCUCCAAACAGGAUUCGUUACUCUGUGACAUCACUUACUAAGUGGUAUAGGAAUGUAACCAAGAAAGCAGAUACUGAAACACCAUGCAAAAAAAGAAUAUUUUCUUCUAAACAUUGUGAAUCUCCUCCAGUUGUGGUUAUUUUCAAGAAUAUAGAAAGUUUCUCAUCCAAAGUACUGCAGGAUUUCAUAACAAUCAGCAGUCAUUGCAUACGUGAAUUUCCACUGGUACUCAUUUUUGGAAUUGCCACUUCUCCAAUGAUCAUCCAUAAGUUACUUCCUCACUCGGUUUCCUCUUUGCUAUGUAUAGAGCUCUUCCAGUCUCUGUCUUGCAAAGAACAUUUGAGUAAAGUAAUUGAUAAGCUACUUCUGACAAGUCAGUUUCCCUUUAAACUUAGUGAGAAAGUUCUUCAGGUACUAAUCAACAUAUUUUUGUACCAUGAUUUCUCUGUCCAGAAUUUCAUCAAGGGGUUUCAGCUGUCUCUUCUGGAGCAUUUUUAUUCCCAGCCACUCAGUGUGUUGUGCUGUGAGAUUUACAAAGCUAAGAAGAGAGUUGAUUCUUUAUCACACAAUCAGUGUGAAAAUAUUCGAAGACUGUCAUCUUUUAGAAGGUUUGUUGAAAGUGAAGUGUCAAACAAGCAGACUAUACUACUAACAGAUGAUGAAGGCCUAAAGGAAACGGUAUAUGCUUUGCUGCAAGACCUACAUACUUACCAUGAAAAUUAUUUCCCAGUUUUACGUUGUCUUCAUGCUUUUACAUCUUCUCUUCCAAAGUAUCCAUUAGGAAAACAAAUCAGGGAAUUGUACUGUGCAUGUUUGGAGAAGAAAGUGUGGGAAACAGAAGAGUAUGAAUCUGCCAUUCAGCUGGUGAGGAUGAUGGCCACGGAUGAGUUAGUGGACAUUCUUGAAAAAUGUGUGGAGAUUCUGAAAUCCUCUCCUGCAGCACAUCUAGGAAACUCUUUAGAGAAAAUAGAAGAGUACCUGAGUCAACUUAAACAUCCUGAAGAAAUUAAUGAAGAUCAAGAGACAUCUAUAUCCUCAUUAAAAGAACUUCAGAAGAAGACAGAUCUGUAUCAUCUCCAAAAGACUUUGUUGGAGAUGAAGGAAUCAAGAAGACUUAAGAAACUGACGAAAUUUGAAAUGCUCCGUUUUGAAAUUGUUGACUUUGUAGAUAGCCUUGUAAAAAAUUAUCUUGUACCUGUAGAAAUGCAGACAUUGCAUGAGGUGAUGUACUUCAGUGCAGCCAAUACUCUUCGUGAACGUUUGAAUGCUCCCCCCCGUGUUGCUCUUCACAAUGCCCUGAACAAUCCAUAUUUCUAUUUGAAGAACGAAUCUUUAAAAAGUGAAGCAGGCUCCAUUUCCAACACAGCUCCUGAUAUUUGUAUAGCCUACAAGCUUCAUUUAGAGUGUGGCAGAUUAAUUAACCUUGUUGACUGGUUAGAGGCUUUUUCAACUGUUGUAAAAGCAGCUGACAACACAGAUUCUUCAGUGAAAGAUCGGAUAGAUGACAUUACUCACGCUCGGUUCAUUAGAGCAGUCUCUGAAUUGGAACUCUUGGGAUUCAUAAAGCCUACCAAGCAGAAAACAGAUCACGUGGCAAGGCUGACAUGGGGCAGCUGUUGAUGUGCAUCCUCCCAAGGAAAAGGACAGUAAUCUUUACAAGACGGAUGGAUCCUUGUCAAGUAAUUUCCAUUAUAGGAGAAAUUUUACUUUGCUGCAGUAAUAAAGUACAUGUAAAUACCCUA